AUGUCAGAAACAACGUUGACAAAAGAAGAACUUCAUGAAGUACUUGAUUUAAAUAGAAAAUAUCAAGCUGAAAUUGACAAUGCCAUUUUAAAGAUUAAAGCUAAAAUCGAGAAAAACAAAGAAAUUCAACAACAAAUAAUACAUUUAAAAGAACAUAAUAACAAUUCAAAUGUUCAGAAAGAACAUAAGGAAUCAACUAUUUAUUCACCACCAUUUUUUGUUGAUUCAAAUGGAAAUACACCACCUAUGAAUGCCACUCAAGAUGGAAAAUUAAGAGAUUUCUCAUUUAUGCAAAGACAUUUUAAAUGGAACCAGGCUGAAAGAGAUUCAUUGGCCAAAGCAAUCGAAUCACAAAAUAUGAGACUAGAGGCUUUGAUUGCAAUGGGAGAGAGGAGGUCUUUUAGAGAUGUACUAAAUAUAAAUAAAAAUAAAUUAUUAUACAAUGUACAAAAUUUGGAUUGGCAGGAAAUCUCAAGACAACAUGUUGUCACUAAAAAUGCAGAAGAAUGUUUAACACAAUGGACAACACGAGAUCAUCCAUAUGUCAAUAGAAGUGAAUGGACAGCUCAAGAAAUAUCAAAUCUCUAUCAAAUUGCAAAACAAAAAAAUAAUAGAAAUUGGCAACUAAUUGCUGCUGAAUUGGGUACCAAUAGAACGGCAGCCGAAUGUUUUAAGCAAUAUAACAAACAAUUCUUAGAACCUCGAAAAUGGACACAAGAUGAAGAUGAGCUACUCGUUCGUGCUCAAUGUCUACAUCGUUGGACCAAAAGAUUAAAUCCUACAAUAAGACGUGGUAGAUGGACCGAACAAGAUGAUCAAGCACUAAAAAAUGCAGUUCAAAUGUACGGACCUGGUAAUUGGGUGAAAAUACAGCAAUUUGUACCAAGUAGAACCGACGUACAAUGUCGUGAACGUUGGGUGAAUGUUCUAAGCCCGGAUAUUAAAAAAGAUCCAUGGACUGCUGAAGAGGAUGAAAAGUUAUUACAAAUAGUAAAAGAGAUUGGUUUGGGAAAAUGGGCAAGAGUAUGUAUGUGUAUGGAGGGUAGAACUGAUAACCAGAAAAAGGCUGAGGCAAAUGUAAAAAGAGAAGCUGAAAGAGCAAAUGACAGAUCUCAUCCUAUAUACCCAAUUAAUCUAGCUUCAGCUUCAACUUUAUCACAAAUUAUUAAUGAUGUUAAAUAUGCUGAUAAUAAUGAAAUUAUUGAAUUGGCUGAUAAUGAAAAAGAAAGUGCAGAAUAUCAAAUUUUACAAUCAAGAUUUCAAAUGGUAUUUGGUUUUUCAGCGCAUGCAGGUUUUUCUUCUGAUGAUUCAUAA